AAACAUAGCCAUGGCCUUUUUCAUCGACCCCAAUUGCCAGGCAGUGAGUUUCACCCUCAACACCCUUGGAUGGAUGUUCUCCAUGAUUUGCAUGGGCCUGGCCAAGUGGCGAUUGUGGUACAUGGAGAGCAUCUCCGCCCCCUCCCGGGGGCUGGCCUGCAUAGGGAUGUGGAAGGUCUGCACUUACCAGUCCGCCAACCUCCACAGCAGACCCAUAGCAUGUCACCGCUACACCUACAGUGACACCUACCUGCCACUCGAUAUCCGCAUCGCUCACUACAGUGACACCUACCUGCCGCUCGAUAUCCGCAUCGCUCAGAACCUGCUGCUGGCCGCCAGCCUCCUCGGGCUCCUGGGGAAAGUGCUCAUGGUCACGGGCCUGCUGAGAGUGUACGCGGGGCAGCUUCAGAAGGACACCACCUGCAAUCUGUUCUUCGCUUCCGGAGUCCUGAGCGUCGUAGCGGGUGCAUUUAUCUUCACUGCUGUGAUCUGGAACCACCACUCCGUGAUGAAUGAAGAGGGCAUACACUUCCCACCAUCCUUCCAGAUUCCCUUCAGGCCGGACCGGCAGGAGAUGGGCAGCACCGUGCCCGUGGCGGUUCUGGCUGCCUUCCUCAUGCUGUUGAGUGGGCUGCUUACCAUCUCUUUCCAGCUGCCCCCCAACAUCCACGUGUACCCCGAAGUCUCACAAGUGUGAAAUUCCCGGUUGCAUAGCUGUGCAAAUCCAUGAGACCCGCUUAUGGGGGUGAAGUGUUAUCAGGAUGCUCUAUGAAAUAGUUCCAAGGCAAAGUUCAUUUUGAGCAGAAAGUGGCCAUUGGCUUCUAUGUCCAAAUUGGGCUCAUUGAUUGGUUAAGGAACUUUCAUUAAAAAAAUUCCCCAAA